AUGGCAGACGAGAAGGAUGCCAAUGCAGGCGCCUGGACGAGGGUGCCGACAUGGGAUGGCUCGCCACAGACGUGGCGGAGCUUCAGAAAGGAGAUGUCCUGGUGGCUGGCUGGCCUGGACAUCCAAAGCACGAAGAAAUACAACCUGGCUGCUCGCUGGCUCUUGCGGCAGUCAGGGGUGGUCCGUCAACGUGGAGAGGAAUUUGAUCCUCGCGACCUCGAGUUCCAAAAGGAGAUCAAGAUGCCGAAUGCCGAGACCGGCGAUGAUGAGGUUGUGGUGGAGGAGGAUCCACUCAGUGGGAUCAACAAGCUGCUCACGGCCCUCGAGGAGAUGACAGGUCGAUCCUCUUUGGACAAAAGAGGAGAGUUGAGGAAUGUCUUCUACCUCGAACUGAAGCGCAAGUCGGGAGAACGCAUCUCUGAGUUCGCCACCCGCUAUAGAGGCUUGGUUGCUGAGUUGAAAGCUGAAGGAGUCACCAUCCAUGAUGGUGAACUUGGCUGGUGGUUCAAGCAAAAGCUUGGUUUGGACCCUCUUCGAACUCAGCUCCUGGAAACUGCCCUUGCAGGUGCCGAGGACUACCCGACCAUAGAGCGUGAAGUUUUGAGGUUGUUCAAAGAUCUUCAUGCAGCUGAUCCUCUCUACCGCCGUUCCGGCGAUGCGGACCAGAAGGCCCCUUUGUUGAGCCGCUUCUUGAACCAGCAAAGCGGGGCUAGCAGGGCUUCUUCCUAUGCUCCAUCAAUGACGAGCUCGGCGGCACGGUCUUUGAGAUCGGGUUCUUCUACGGCUUCCUCCGGAAGGAUGACGCCAAGCUCCACGUACCGCCGGCCUUUCCAGAAACAGGCCAUGGUUUCUGAGGUUGAGGAGGAGAUCCCGGCCACUGCUGAGGCUGGUGAUGAUGAUGGAGUUGAGGAGGAGGUUGAACCCCCUUCCCUGGAGGAGGUCUUGACCACUGAGGCCGAGGUCUUGGCGGCUGAGUUGGAUGCCGCUGCAUCUCAGGGAGUUGACCCUGAGACCCUUCAGGAGAUCGAGGAGAGUGUUGAGGCUGCAGCUGAAGCCUUCCUGACCAUGAAGGAAGCCAGGAGCAAGUUGCAGGAGGUUCGAAAGGACCGUGGAUAUGGCAAGGCUGCUUCAUCAUCCACGAGCUCUCCCGCAUCCAAGGUGAGUUUGAAGAAGCAGUCGGACAAGCAUCCUUGCUUCGAUUGUGGACUUCCUGGUCAUUGGGCCGGGGAUCCUGAGUGUUCGAAGCCUGGCCAACAGCUCGGGCGCAAGAAGAAGGUGGCUCCAAAGCAAGUGAAAGUUGCAGAGGCGCUGAACACGGAGCACGAGGAGAUCACAACACCUGACCAUGAAGUGAUGAUGCUCCGACAUGAGUCACCUGUCCUCACCGACGCCUUCCUGUCUACUGUACAGCGAUUCCAUGAACCCAAAGAGGUGAACGCUUUGGGCCUCGCACUGGACAAAAGAUUGGUGGGCGCUUUGGACAGCGCAUGCAACAGAACAUGCACGGGGGCUGACUGGUUGAAGGGCUAUCUUCGUGGUUUGGAGACAUCAGCCCCUUCUGAAGUGUUGGACCUCGUUCGUCGUGAACCUGAACGUGAAACCUUCCGCUUCGGCAAUGGGGGCACCCAGGUGAGUGAGGAGAGGUGGAGGUUACCCACUAUGAUUGGUGGAACCGUGGUUUGUUUUUGGACGUCGGUGGUUCCUGUGAGCUCGUUGGGUCUUUUGUUGGGGCGGGACUUUUUGGAGGCCAUCGGAGCGGUGAUGAAUUUUUCUCGCAAAGCCUUGCGUUGUGACCUCACCGACGGCACCGAGAUCCCCCUCAGUCAACUCGCUGCAGGCCACUACGCCUUGCACCUUCUGCCAGAACGAUGGCCAGGACGACUCCGAGCUCUACUACCAGAGAUGAUGGGCAGCGAGGCCUCAACCUCAGGGAACAAGAUGGUGAACCUGCCGCACUUGCGCUACUUGCCGUUGCCCUAUCCCUCCACGGGGACGCCGGAUCGCUGGCUGCUGCAAGGCCAGAAGCAGGUGGCCGAUGGGCACGGGUGCAAGAAGCAUUUGGAUCUGGCCUACACCAUGGACAGGUUCGUCUACAAGAACUUGACCGAGUGCGGUCAUUGGCGGGACCGCAUGGGCGCGGUGACCUCCUUCUGCGAAGAUCCGGUGGUCAUGGGAAUGAUCCAUGGCAAGACGGCGAAAGGCCUCAGGGACAAGAUGAAGAAUGCCGCCAUGGAGGAGGCCCUCAAGGAAGCAAAGGAGGCGGAAGCCGCCGGCAACAAGGAGGAGAUGGCUCGAGCCUUGAUCGGACCUCGAGGAGGACUGCCGUCGCUGCGAGGAGACUUGCUGAAGCUCGCAGCCUUGCUGAACGUGGAGAUCAAGGCAGAGGACAACGUCGAGACCAUCAAGGUGAAGCUGCGCCCCAUGGUCAACCUGCUGAAAGAGAAGCCUGCGCCGCCACAAAGCAAGGCGAAGUCCAAGGCAAAGGCCGCUCCAUCCAAAGCUCAAGGUUGGACGGUGGGCUACAGCGCCGGCCUGGUGACAGAACCCUCUCCCGGGAUGGUUUCCUAUCAGCACUUGAUCGACAUGCGCAACCGGUUCCAGACGACCCUCGACAGCAUGGCACUCGAGAUCCAGGAGUUGAAGAAUCAGCAGAAGGAAGCGGGCAAUGUGGACUUGACCUCCCUGGGCAGGUCCCGCUCCGCCAGUUCCAUGUCUCAGGACCCGGUGGUGGAUCAGCAAAUGCGGGAGGACGCAGCCCAGUCGCUGGAGAACGCCUACGAGGACCACCUAAUGGCCUAUUACGGGACGAGUGCACUGCAUCUGCUGACUCGAGAGGACCGCCAGAGGGCCACUUUGAUUGCUCAGGCCUGGGCUCAACAUGAAUCCGACAGGAAGCGGAUCUCUCAGGAGCCUCGCAAGAUCCGUCAGAUCCUUGAGGCGGAGUACUACCAGGACAUGGAACACUUCAUGAAUGAUGAGACCUUUUUCCAGCACAUUGACCUCCACCCGCACUCCAAUGACGUGCAUGUGAAUGAAGCCGUGACUGGGAAGAGGAGCAGUCCGUUGCUGACUGAGGUCUAUACGACCGCCCAGAAUGUCUCCAAAGUGGCUGCUCAAAGAGGUCAUCAUGUUGGCCAAGCGAUGAGCCUGGAGACGGGGUGGAAUUUUCUUCGAGCCGACCAUCGAGCCCUCGCCAAGGAGAAGAUUCAGAAGGAGAAGCCCUUUUGCUUGGUGUUGGCGUUUCCUUGCGGGCCCUUCAGCCCGCUCCAACACCUCAAUGCGAGAGGAAAGAGGACUUGGCCUCAGAGACUUGAAGAUGGUCGAACGUUGAUGCGCUUUGCUCUGGAGCUGGCGAAGUUGCAGUUGAAGGAGAAGAGACAUUGCAUCUUGGAAAAUCCCAAGCCAUCGGCGGCUUGGAAAGAGCCUGAGAUGCGGAAGUUCAUUGAGGAGAACGACGUUCAUGAGGCUGCCUUCGACCAAUGCCGUUUUGGGUUGAUGAAUCUGGCCGGACAACUGCAUCGGAAGGCAACUGUGGUGGCGAGCUCUAGUCCUUUGGUGGUGGAGCGACUUCAUGGUAUGUGUUGCAGGCGUGACCAUGACCAUGCACAAGUGAUCGGUGGGUCAAAGGUGACAGCUCAUGCGGGCAUCUACCCCUUGGCCUUAGCCCGUGCUUUCGUUCGCGGCAUCGAGGACCAGUUCGACAAGGACCACAAGGCCUAUGAGUUGCUGGCCGUGGAUGUCGGUGGAAAUGAAGAAGAAGAUUCACAUCCCGCAGUUCAUGAUGUUAGCGAGGAUGAAGAUGAUGAGUAUCAACUGCAACCCAGUGAAGCCAACAUGACCAUCCCCGCGGCCAUCAAGGCAGCCAUCAAACGACUCCACGAGAACACAGGUCACCGCAGCAAUCGUCGCUUGGCACGCGCCUUGACUCUUGCUGGAGCCCCUGUUGAAGCCAUCGUGGCUGCCAAGCGUCACAAGUGCGACGUUUGCCGGGAGCGAGCUCCACCAAAGUUGAAGAGACCAGCAUCGCUUCCUUCGCCCAAGGAUUUUGGUGACCAGGUCCACAUCGACCUUUUGGAGGUGGAAGAUGGGCGCGAGCAAAAGUAUGUGAUCGCUCACUGCACCGAUGCUGCCACCAAGUACCAAGCCGCAGAGAUUUUGCCUAACAAGUCCACUGCAGCUGUGAUUGAGUUCCUGAGCAAGCGGUGGGUUCCCGCCUUCGGCCCUCCUCGUGUUCUUGUUUGUGACCAAGGCCGUGAAUUCAUUUCCUGGGAGAUGGAGGAAUGGGCUAGCUCUAUGUCGGUCAUGCUUCAUCAUGUGGCAGUGCAAGCCCCAUGGCAGAACGGCAUCGCGGAGAAAUCCGGAGGGGUGCUGAAAACCUUGAUGUCCGCCAUCGUGACGUCCAAGAGUGUGGUCACCAAGGAUGAGAUGGAGAUGGCUUUGGGGGAGGCUGUGGCGGCAUACAAUGGUGAUGUCGAUGGUGAGUCAGGAUGCUCCCCCUAUCAGGCAGUCUUGGGACGACAGCCACGCAUGGUGGGCGAUGUUCUGGGCGGGGUGCAACAGCGCCUCAGUGAACAUGGGCUCAUCGAGUCCAAACCUUCUUUGGCCCGGCAAGUGGCACUCCGUGAAGUCGCGAAGCUUGCGAUGACCCGGCUGCAUUUCUCUCGAGGUUUGAGGCGAGCUGAACUGGCGAGAUCCCGGGCAUGGGGCGAAGCCAUCAAGGAGGCGGUGGAGGAUGCCAAGUAUGAAGUCGCGCUGAGACAGCCCCGUUCCGAUGCCAACACUCCUGAGGAGCCUGGACCACAACCUCUACCUGCCCUACCAGAGACUACCGCUGAGGGGGUGAAUCCUAGGACUCCAGCAUUUCUCCCAUCCUCGACUGAGGCAAUGCCUGCCGAAGAGAACCAGUUAGAUGGCGAAGACCUACCUCCAGUGAAACCACAGGAGCUCUGGCAGAUGAUGGUUCCCUCCAGUUCUCCCGUUACAUCCCAGGUGGCUUCAACAUUGCCUUCGAGGAGGGUGAGUGAUUUUUCCGAAUCUCCUUUUCCAGAAACUACACGGAAGGCUUUCAGCCGGAAGUCUUCGGGUCUCCCACUUGAGACCGUGCGAGAAAGGGCAAAGAUACUGGACGAUCGUUCUGAGACAGGCCAAAAACGACCUGCCGAUGUGGACAUCGACCAGUUGCGAGAUCAAGAACAAGGACAUUCUUCGACGGCAGCGGCCAGUGGAAGUGGAGCAGAGCAUGACACACUUCUUGGUGAGCGGUUGACUCCAGCGGAGAUUGCCGAUGAACUAGGUCAGGACGAUCUUCAUCCCUUGAGAAAAGCCUACCUCCUGGCCGAGCAGGACAAGCGAGAUCCUCUGGAGGCCAUGGUUCCGGAUCACGGGACUUGGCAUGGAAAAUGGACCUUGCCAUCGCGCUCUGAAUGGCAGGCCCGACAAAACUUGGGUCUGGACUGGCCUACCGGUGAUUCGACGGAGGCAGAAGUUUUGGCCGUGCAAGCGAACCGCAAGGAGUUCCGCUGGAAGACGAUGUCUGAGAAGGAGAAAGAGGCCUUCAAGGAAGCGGCCAGACAAGCCUGGGCGGUGUGGGAAGAAAACGAUGCAGUCGAGAUCCUCACACCUGAAGAAUCAAGCCGUGCUCGGGCAAGCAAGGAGUCGGAGAAGUUAUGGAGGCUGAUGUCGGCCGAUGUCAAGUCCGCAUUCCUCAAGGGCGAUGCCUAUGUGGACGGUCAAAGAGAGCUUUUCCUCGAGAAUGUCAGAGGUGAUGAUCCGAAGCUCCCUUUCGGCGAUUGCCUGGCGAAGAUCAGAAAAGGGGUUUUUGGACUUUCGGAUGCUCCUCGUCAAUGGUACCUGCGGCUGAACCGUUCUCUACAGGCCGCCGGUUGGGAGCGAACUGUCUUUGACUAUGCUUGCUGGCUGUUGUGGUCGGAAGACCGACAAAACUUGGAAGGCAUCAUCCUCUCCCACGUCGACGACCUACUGUUGGGCGGGAAUGUCCGAGCCCAGAACAGUUUGCUGAUGAUUGGACAAGAACUCGGUUUCGGCAGCGUGGAGUAUGAUGACUUUGUCUAUUGUGGGAAGCGAGUCCAGAUGAAGUCCGACGGCUCCGUGGUGAUCAACAUGCAGGCCUACCACGAGAACCUCAGGCCUAUGGAAAUCAGCCUGGCCAGGCGAAAGACUCCGGAGGCUGAGCUGACGGAACAAGAGAGGAGGCAACUUCGUGCAGUGCUGGGCUCCCUUCAAUGGCUGGUGGCCCAAGUGAGAUUUGACCAAGGCUAUGCCCUCAGCACUCUCCAAGGAGAGAAGCCCCUCGUUGGCACGCUGAUCAAAGCAAAUCAGCUGAUCAAGGAGUUCAAGAGGCGACCAAACUUCUCGCUGACCUUCCAGCCGAUGAACUUGGCGACUGCUGGCAUCAUGACCGUGUCCGACUCAUCCCUGGGAAAUGUUCUCAAGGGAGGUGGCAGCGAGGGAGAGCCCCAUGAGAAGCACUAUAGCCAGUCCGCCUACUUUGUGAUUGUGGGAGACCAGGACCUCAUGUCCGGCAAGGAAGGUGUGUUCAAUGUCAUCGAUGCUCGAAGUCAUCGCCUACCUCGGGUCUGUCGAUCCACUUAUGGCGCUGAGCUGAUGGGAGUGGAGGAAGGCAUGGACAUGGGCAUCUUCUGCCGAGGAGCGCUUGGAGCCUUCCUGGGACUUCCCAUGGGACGGCGUGACGCCUUGAAAGUGAUGGAGGUGAUUCCCAUGGUGGCCAUCACAGAUGCCAAGGACACGUAUGACAGAGGCAAUUCGGAUUGCCCCACCUAUGGUGCUCAGAAGUCAAUGGCCUUUUCGGUCUGUUGGAUCCGACAGGUGCUCAAUGGCUCGAACUCCCACCUCAAGUGGACAGCCACGGCGAACAUGUGGGUGGAUGCCGGCACCAAGCUGAUGCCUUGUGACCACAUGCAGGGGAUUCUUGAAAAGGGGAGGUGGAGCUUCGUGUACCACCAGGACUAUGUGAAGCAGUCUCCCAAGAAGAAGGGCGCUGCGGAAGUGAGCGAGGGAGCCUUUUUGCCAGGUGAACCUAUGGACACCAAGGCUCAGUUGUUUCAGUUCAUUUUGAACCUCAGCAACCAUAUCGGUUGGCAUGAGAAAGACAACGUCAUUGUUCAUGUCGCCUGUCCAGCCCGAUCCUACCGGGUUCCCGAUGCUCGAUAUGGUAGCACGAAGUACCCUUUUCGAUCAACGUUCGCACGUUUUGAUUUGAAGGACGGCCGUUCAGUUUGGAGGAUCCUCGAACAUAGAGAAGACCUCCGUGAGAUGGAGAAGCGACAAGCCUUGUUGCCCUUCCCGGCCGGUUGUUUGGUGAGCAUUUUCCUGUCGCAAGCCACAAAGAAUGUUUGGCAGCUGAAGAAGCAUGCUGCUAGCUAG